CCCCCCCCCGUGCACAACGCAACCGGUGGACUGAUGCAAACGAAGAGCAAAAUGCGCAUGAAGUACGGGAAGCUGUUCAUUUUCUUCAUGAUCUGCUUCAAUCUGAUCGUGUUCUACUACUGCUGGAAGUACUUCCUUACCAGUGGCCACUAUCUGGCGGAAACGCUUACCGGCGGGGAUACGGGUGUCCUUCACCGUGGCGCAGCACUCCCGAGACGGCUCGGCAUAGCACCCGACUCCAUUCCGCUCGUUAGCUACGAAAGCUCGUACCGGGCCGGUGAUCCCGGUGGUGCGACACUGAACCGGAUGCGGCUCAAGCCCACCCUAACGGAGGACGCCGACGGCAGACCCAGCGCAAAGGAACGGGUACAGCAUACGAACGGUUUCCUGCGGAAAAGCAUCACGUUCGUGUUUCGUGACUUUUACGACUUCGAUAACGAUCUGCUACAGUCGAUCGGUAGCGUGACGGCACUCAUUCCCGGUGUUAGUGUGUUUGUGAUCGCACCCGAACUACCGUACCCACCGCUCGAUAUCUUCAACCCACCGGCACACGCGGUCGGGGCCGGUAAUCAUAGUUCCGCUUCGAAGUCUACGGUGCCGGCCUGGUUCAGUGAGGGAAGUAACGUGCGGUUCUUUCACCUUGCCUACGAUAUCACCAAAACGUUGAAGGAUACGUUUCCGGUGCUGCAUGUCAAUACGCGCUACGUACUGUUUAUGCCGGACAGUGUGCGACUGACGGGGCGCGGUUUACUUUCGCGUAUGUUGCGUGAAAUCGAUACACCGUCCGGGAGCGAGUUGCUGUUGCAGCAGCAUCAGCAUUUGCUGCUAAAGCAGAAUGGGCAUGGGAGUGGAUCGUUUGAUCCGAAUCGGAAACCGGAAAGGCGCAUUGUUGCGGUACCGUUUGGAUCGAAUACGAAGGGUGCGGCAAACUGUGUGCAGAUGCAGCUGGAUCUGCCUAACUGGACGCUGGAGUACGUGACGGGGAAUGAAACGGAGCGGUGCGAUAUGUUCAAACAGAAGCACGCCAUCCUGGUCGAGACGGAGCUGCUGAAGGAGAUGCCCGACGCACUGGCGUCCCCCUUCCCGGACGUGUUCUACAUUCAGGCAAAGCUCGCUGGCGUCAAGAAAGUGCUUCUGAACGGUGCAUUCCAGGAUGGUCGGAAACUGUUCACCUCGUACCACACGAAAACGAAACGGCGCAAUCAACGCAAGGACCAGUUUAAGGCCCUGUACCGUCGGCUGCAGGUGAAGAAAGUGAUACGGAAAAACUAUCUCUACGAUAAGACGCCCAAUCGGGGUGCCGGACCGGCACCGUUCGGCUCUUCAGCCGCUGCUGCCAGCGCCCGCCGCAAGUACGUCAAAAGCUACGAGCACAACAAUCAAACCAUUUCCCUGCUAACGGAGAUCACGUUCUACGGCUGCGAGAAGCAAACGCGCAGCUGCAUCGGACAGGUGCACAAUGGCCGUCCGUUCUAUCGGUACCUUGGCCGAAACACGCCGCCCUGCUGCAUGGAAAAGCUGAAGGCCGUCUUUCGCCAUGUGGUGGAUGAGUUCGAAAACGUUGGCAUACGGUACUGGCUCGACAAUCGGGCCCUGCGGGAUGCGAUCGAACUGAAAGGUCUGGCGCCCGAUGCGUACGAAAUCGAUCUCAGCUUCAAUGGGGACGAUGUGCAGCGGUCGGUGGCACUGCGGAAAGCUCAAACACGACCGUACACGGACGAGGCGGGUUUCCACUGGCUGAAAGCGACCGAUGGACACUAUUUCCGGGUGCAGUUCUCAAAGGUGAACACGAUCGCGGUCAAUCUGCUUCCGUUCGAUCUGUCUAGCGGGGAGCUGGUACGGCCGAGUGGAUUUUACGGCUGGAAGGCACGAAAGUUUUCGGUCGAAUUUCUACACCCAAUGUCGACGGUACUGUUCCUCGGCAAGCCCAUCAUGUGUCCGAACAAUGUGAUAGAGUAUCUGGAGGUGAAGAAGGUAAAGUAG